UUAGUUACAGCAAAAAUUUAAGGAAUCUUUGAGUAAUGUAAAAAAUUAAUAAAAAAUUAAUUUAGUUACUAUUAAAUUUAAAUCAGUUUAAUAUGAAACGAAGAAUGUAUAACCUGAAAAAAGCUGGAGAAACAGCAAAAAGGAACUAGAAUUUAGUAGCACAGACAGUCAGAAUACUUGUCCACCCCACUCCGGUGAUUUGAAUGUUAUGAGCCCUGGAGCGAUCGGGGUGGGGUGGACAACCACAUACCGUGUGCCCGCCGGUGUAGUCCACUUACUGACUACUCGAGUCGAAAGUCAUGGCAAUCGUGGCAUACACGAACGAAUUGUGGUUCGCUGCAAAUGUGGAAUGUUGAGCUAACCAUGUUGGAGUCUGCAUUAGAUGGAAUAGAAGCCAAUUGAAAGUAGCAAAAAAUGGUGUCACUAAUAAAGAAACAAUUAUUGAAACAUCUGUCGAGGUUCACCAAGAAUCUUUCAGCGGAUAAAAUAAAUUUAAGUGCACUUAAAGGGGAAGGCGAACUGUCUAAUCUAGAACUGGACGAAACGGUUCUGACGGAUUUGCUGGAGCUACCGUCAUGGCUCAGAUUGACGAACGCUUGGUGCAAUAAAGUUUCGUUUCGCAUACAGUGGACUAAACUGAGAAGUGUUCCUAUAUAUUUGCGUUUAGAUGAAGUUCAUAUAGAGGUAGAAACAUGUGAAGAUUUAAGAGACUUAUCUUCUUCGCAAGAAUCUUCGUAUUUAGGUCCUACAAAAUAUUCUUUCAUACAUAAAGUAAUCGAUGGAAUAACAGUAGCUGUUAAUACUAUAUCGGUUACUUUUAACAGUCCUGCAUUUAUUGCUUCGGUUCAGAUGAACCGUAUUAUUGUGGAAUCAAAGUCGGCAACAUGGCAACGUUGUGAUCUAAGAACUACUAGAGUGAAAGAUUCCGAUCGUGGGCAGUUACUUAUUUUUAAAGAACUCGAGUGGCAGACGGUUAGAAUAGAAGCACAAAGUACUAAAGAUAAAAAUCUUACUCCAUUACGUCUACUUACAAAUCAAGCAAGAUGUCGAAUCACCAUCAAGAAAAGAAUAUCAGAUUGUUUUGUUAUGGGAUCAAGGCUGAUUCUUAUAUUAGAUGAUCUCCUAUGGGUAUUAACAGAUUCGCAGUUAAAAGCAGCCCUUCAUUUUAUUGACUCGCUUGGAGGUUUAAUAGAAAAGGCUACGAUUUUAGAACGCAAAGCUAAAGCCGCUAGAAAAUUAGAGGUAUUACCAGAGUAUCAAGCGCAAAUAUCACAGCAAUCUAGGACGAAGAAUCAAUGUAACACGGCCAUUGCAAAAGUAUUUACUAGGUACGAUGUUGUAGAAACAUCAUACCACUUUCUGUGUCAGCGAAUUGAUUUGCAUUUAUGUGAUGAUGUUGGUGAUGGUAGAUCCUCUUAUCCUGAUUUAAAAGACGGCGGUGCACUGCAAAUUUCACUAGUUAGAUUUCAAAUUGAUUAUUAUCCAUAUCAUUUGGCAAUGGCUGACAGAAAACAUUGGGCUAAAUACAGAGAGAAUGCUACUCCGCACAGUCAGUGGUUGCAACAAUCGUUAAGUUCAUUUCGAAGUCAGUUCAUGGAUCUUAUUGAUUCCGGUCGAACUCAACAUUCUCCUUUGACAAGAAGUCAAGGGAACGUUAUGGUUGGUAAUGCGAAAGGUUCCGGUGAAAAUUUGGAGAAGAAUAACCAAACUCAAAAUGCCAACGUGUUUUCCCACGAACAAAAGAAAUCACAGCAUCCGAGUGGGAAUCCAGUGAAAAAUUAUAUUCUAGAGCAGCUUGCCAAAUUAAUGACAACAUGUAUCAUAAUAAGGAUCGAUGACUUCACUUUGUACAAAGUGACAACCACAUCUCGCAAUCCUGUACCAAAAGAGUUCGUUACAGCUCAAUCAAGGAAGAAACAUGCAACAGGUGAGAGGGACAGAUUUUGUCUCCCAGAAGAUGUAACGAUCCUCCACGCUGAAUUUACAUAUUACUAUUAUCCUGGAGACAUUACAUUUCCAUUGCCGCCACCAAAGUUUUACGUACAACUGAAUCCCAUUCAAGUAAACUUCGAUGUUUGUUCCUGCUUAUGGUUUAAUUCUUUUGCGUUGAACUUACAUCACUCUCUAAUGAAUAAAGAUAAACAAACAACACAUACUUCCAUUAACUUAAUGUACUUCGAUGUAAAAAUUGAAGCUAUACUUCCAAGAAUAGUUUUUGAAAGUCAGCAGGAUUAUCCAAAUCAGAAGGACAGACCGAAGUCUUUGCACAUUCAGACUUCAAGAGCAUCGAUAACAAAUGUUCGAUCUACUGAAAGAUCUUCGAGAGCAGACUUGGCUCAAUGUUUGAACACCUUUCAGAUGGGUCAGAUGUUCUUCAGCACUGAAUUUCCAAAUAAACCAGAUGAUUUUCAUGUUGUAACGGAUAAAUUUCUAGCUCAUUGUUCAGGCACUGAUAAUGUUCGCCAUCCGCCAGCGAAUUUUAGCAGUAAUUCUGUAAAUGAAUUAGUCCGCCAAUUGCAUCGAGAGCUUUUGUGGACGGAAGCCAAGGACGUGUGGUGUUGUAACUUGGAACCUGUUUGGGGAGACUUCUUUGGUGCUCGUGCAGUUGGACAAAAUCGACCGGUACCAUUUCUGGAUGCAUUUCCUCUAACACUAUGGUGUUACAUAUCAAUGAAUCCAUCGAAUUCUGAAAAAUUUUCAACUGCUGACAUCCAUGGUCUUGCAUAUAUAAGCAAUUUAGUUAGCGUGCAGAUAAAUCAUUAUCAAUAUUUAUUUUUGUUGAGACUGUCAGAAGUUCUGUCAGAGAUGGCAACGUACUUAACCAUCGAUUCGAACAAAAUAUUGAAAGUUAAUUCUGGCAGUUCACUUAUUAUCGGUGCACUAAUACCACAAGUGGAAGUGACCUUCGUCAUGCCAUCCCAUACACCUGGGAAAGAAAAUUCUGGUGGAGAUGUCGAAUCAGUGGUACCGGAUACAUCUAGUAUAGCAGAUGAAAUCGUAAGUUCAGCUGCUCCAUGGCAGAGUAGCGUAGAAAGACCUGACUUCAGUAGUAAAAAGAUUAAUAUCAGUAAUGAGGUGUUGACACCGCAAAGUGAGGUGUCUUCAAUAUUGUCAACCGACUUCAUACAUUCUGUUGCUCCAACUCAAACCGUUGUGACAUUUAAGCAAAAUGGUCCAAAUAGACAUGAUCAACAACUGUUAACGAAUGCAACGCAUGACAGACAAUGCAUUGGCAUAGAAGAAGAGAAAGCAAUACCUACUAUGCGAGAAAUUAAAACUGUGCCAGAAACUGCGUUCAAGCAUAAUAGAGGAGAUUCAUCCUCAAAUGCACCGUUCAUUCCAAAUAAUUUUAACGUUGGUCUCUCUUCGAUGAAAAAAGGUUUGAGUAAUUUAAUGACAUCAAUUGACUCUGCUUUGAAAGCUUCCCCAGAGGAUGGCAGCAGUGACACAGUAUCCAUAAGAAGUGAUGUCAGUUCCGAUAGUGAAAACUAUGUUUUGGUUUGUCUCCAAGAUCAAGAAAAAUUAGACGCAAUGUUUUCUGUCGAUAAUGCAAUAACAUCAGUUGAAGAAGCUAGCGAAGUGGUUGAAGAAACUCCCGACACGCAAAGCGAGAAAUCCUUGGAUAGUGUAUGCAAACGUAAAGAUAUUGUGUCUAUGGCAACGUUUAAACUAUCCAAAGUUGAAUUCAUUCAACAGUCUUGCGGUUAUACGUCUUCUAUCAAAGUUCAGGUGUCAAACGUUGGUAACGAUGAAUGUUCAUCUAUACCAUGGGAUGAGUUCCAGGUCAAGAGGAAGACAAAAUUCAGUGCACGAUCUAGAGGUUGGGUCGAACUAGCCUCAGAUUCAAACUGUAGAUCAUGUAUCAAACUUCGUUUGGAUCAUGAUUUGAAAUGCAAGUCUGAUUCUUACAAGCUGUCUCAAGCGAGCUACAACAUGAGUAACAAGAGUCUGCAUUCGUCUCAAAAUCAAAGUUACAGUACUGAACAGGAAGUAGACGUUGGGGUCAUUGAUGUACAUAACAAACAAAGUGUAUUAAAUUUGUUCGAAGAUAAAUUAGACGUUAAAGUUACUGACAUAUCAAUGACUUUGUCGAUGAGUUCAAUAAGUGGACUUACAGAUUUGAUCGAAGAUGAAAUUAUACCUAAGCCAAUACCGAUCCAGAUAUAUUUAGAAAGUAUUUCAUUACGUUUAAAUGAAGAUCGUCCGCCAAAUAAUAUAACUUCACCAGGACCGAUUCCUGUAGAUAUGAAUAUUGCAAAGCUUAGAAUAGUACGAGAUACAAAUGGUGUUUUUCACAUUGAACCAGUUGUAAACAUGUUGAGUAUCACUGACUCAUUCACAACAUUGUCGAACAAUGAUAAUCAAACAGAUCAGAAAGUAGAUCACGAAAUAGAACUGAACGUCUUGAGAAAGUCGAGCAAACAAUUGAAGUCGGAUAACGAGGAGCUUCGUCGACGUGUUGACACACUAGAGAAAUUAUCAGAAGAAAACGCGAAAUUGAUGCGCAUUAAAGAGGAAUCCGAGAUAGUUAAGUUACAUUUGAAUACAGCACAAGAGGAUAUACAGAUGCUUCUGCGAGAAAAGAAAGCCUUGCAGGAAACAGUAACGGAGCUUCAAAAUCAAAUAAUUGGAACUGGUGGUACCCGUGCAUCUUGGUCAACCAAAAGAUAGCAUACCAGUUGUUUCGAUUGCUCAAAGUGUUGUAGUUCGAAUAAGUCAUAAUGAUAAUUUUAAUAAUUUUCAACUGACUCUCACGUCGAAGUAAUAUCUUGGUCCUUCGAUUAAUUUGAAUUCGGUUGUGUAGUACUUCAUGUCAAUAGACUUGAAUUGUUUUUGUCUGUCGUACGAUAUAUAUAUUUCUAUUACAUUCGUAAGGAAAAGACAUUAGUAUUAUGCAUAUUACAGUUCAUUGAAAUUCAUAAUUCUAUGUUUUCCACAUUAACGUAUCUACUAUGAUUUUCUUAGUAGCUGCGAUUCAAAUCUUGUACAACUGAAGACGAGGAUAAGUUUCUGACUAUGAUCAAGUACAAGGCGAUAAGUAAUGGCAAUAUUAGUCAGUGUUUAAUAUAUUCAUUAACGAGCAGAAACUAAUUGUGCGAAUGUUACAAGUAAGUAUGUAAAUGCGUAUUUACUAUAUGCUACGAUAUAUAUAUUAUAUUUAUUAUAAUGUAUAUACAGGUAUAUUGAAAUUUGCAUAUGCAUAUACAUUGUACAUACACACGCAUGUAUACGCAUAUACAGUAUAUUAUAUAAUGUAUAUUAUAUAUAUAUAAAAUAUAUAUUAUACAUGUAUAAAAUGUAUAAUGUGUGUACGGUGUGUGUAUGCGUGUAACGUGUGCAUGCGUGUGUGCGUGCGUGCCUGUGUAUAAUACACGUAAUAUAAAAUACUAGUCAAAGUUGCAAUAUAAAUUUGGUUUCAUAGCAAUGGUUAUUAUCCGAUAUACUAACAGAGAAUUGAACAUAAAUUUUUUACCGAUGCUUUUAUUUUCUUUAUCAGAAAUAUUUAGAUAAUUUUCAUGAGUAACUUUCCACCGAAUGAAAGGAUACCAUAUGUUAAUGUAAUGAAUAUGAGACUUUAAUCGAUAAUAAAGUAACGUAUUGUUUAUGCCUACGGAUAGAUUUUCUAGUUCGGCAAAUGAGAACAUGGAAUUCAUUGUAAUUACAUAAUGAUAUUGUAAUUACCAAUCCCAUCGUUUAAGAAAGUAGGGAGCUCUAAAUAUAUUGAUUGCUAUACGAUAUGCAGUGAUAAUGUGGAAUGUUUUAUAUAAAUAUGUUAAACUAUAAAGUUAACGUUGUGUUACUUUCGGUAUUAUUAAUGAACUAAAACCUACGUACUGAUUGACGUUCAUAAUCUUACCUACAUAACCUUUGAAAAUGAAUAUUAUUGGACUAUAUUAAUGAGAAUUAUAAUCUGAUGAUGUACUAUACUGAUGUCGUAAUUUGUCGUUGUGAUAUAUUGACAUUUAUCAUUGUUUGCCACUGAAUAUAGUUGUACCGAUGGGUUGCUGGUCAAUCCUCUUGUCAUAAAACUUGAGGUAUUUUUCUAAUACCUGUUUGCUAAUGAUUGUUACGCAGCUGUUUCCCUUAAAUUUUAGAAUUCCUUUUUUUAAACAGUCUCUUCUACUAUGACAUACUCACCUUCGUUCAUUACGCAACUUAUUUUUUUGUACAUCGUACACCUAAACAAAAUUCAUAUUAUCAUUUAUGUUGUUUCUAAAAUAUUCACAAUGCAGUUUGUUUUAUUACGUGGCAAGGAUAAUGUGAGUGUACACUUUAUAAACAUAUCAUUCGGUAAAAUGAAUUAUUCUAUAUUCACAAUUUUUUAUAACAGUUAUUUGAACCAUCGAAGUAAAUGAAUAUUCAUUUCAUAACAGGCGUUUUAAAGGAACGACAAGAAAUUUUGUAUUAUAGAAUUUUAAGACGCUGACACACCUUAAAAGAUAUAUACAUUUGUGUAAAAUAGUAAAAAACAAAGAAUAUAUAUUUUUUUAUUAGUGGAGACCCAAGUUUAUAGAAUAAGAGCAUCCUCUGAAAAUUUGCGCUCCUAAAGUUAGUUUGGAAUUUGCUGGAUCUACUGAAACAUGGUAUAUUUGGAAAAUAGUAUAUUUAUUUUUCACCUAAAUUGUAGAGAAAUAUACUAUUACAAAAACUUACGUAGAAAUGUUACAAAUAACUACAAUAGUUUAUGUAAAUCAGUUACAUAGCUCUUCAAUUACGAUAAACUUCAAUUCUUUAAAUAAAUUUCAAGAGAACUAUUUUGAAACAAAGUUUGAGUGUAUUUUAAAUUUUGGAGAAACGCUCAGAGAAAAUAUUUUCUCAACAGUGAAUACGAAAUAUAGGUAAACCGCAUAGAUGAAUUUUUUUAAACUUUCUGAGUGUAUAAGUUCCUUUAAAUAAAGUGUAUGCUUAUGACUGUUACUGUACUUUUUCUAAAAGCUACUAUAAAACAAGUUUUAUUUACUCUACUCGCUUGCAUAGAAUAAUAUUUUUAUCGAAACGUUACAACAGUGUAUUGGAAUUUAAAUGUUAAUAAGAGAGUAUCACUGUAGUUAAGUAUACAUAUUACGUUGACACUUACAGUAGAAGUAUGUAUUAUAGUAGAAUUGACUGUAUUUAUAACAUGUAAAUAAAUUAUGUAUUUAAAUUUAUCAGCAGGAAUUAAGUACGGAAGUUUUAAAGGCAUCUCUUCGCAAUUCGAUAUUACAAUUUUAGAUUUUUGUAAUGUACAUUAUAUUAUAUUGCGAACGUUUUGCUUAUAGUAUAUUUUUAUCAUUCUUUUUUUACUUACGAUUAAGAGUUUUUAAUAUUUCAUGGGAUUUAGACUUUCUUUUAUCAUGUAUUAUUAAAUCUUAUACAAUUUUCUUAUUAAUAACAUUAAUCUGAAAUGCUUCCUUGUAGUUAGUGCUUUUCUUUUUAUUAAUUUUUUCCAUUGCUACAACUUGGUUGAAAACAAUGUUUGUACUAUAUAUAACGCGUGUAUCAUCUUCAGCUAGUGAGAAGUUGAUUUUGUGAUUCAUGGGAGCUACGUUUGUAACAUAAUUGAUUAUUGACAUUUACAAUUAUGAUCUCUAGAAUAUUUGUAUAUAAAUUAUAAAUAUUCUUUGUUUUUUUACAUUCAAAUAUUUUGUGAAUUUAUUUUAUAAGUAUACAUCACUUUUAUAAUUCUUUGAUUAACGUUUACUAUUUCAGUGACUAUCAUUGUACAAGUUUUAUUAUAAUGUGUGAGAAGAAAAAUAUACAUCACUUUAUCAUAAAUAUGAUGGUAUUGAUUAUAAGAAUUGUUCACAUUUGUGCAAUAUGAAGUUACUUUCUAAACCGAAUAUUGAUAAGCGACAAACAAUAAUGAUCAUAAAUUUUAUGUACGUGCUUAAGCUAAUAAUAUUUAAACUAAGAUUGUUUGUAUUGCAUAUAUAAUAAUUAUAGUAGAACCUCAGUUAUCAGAGAAUUACUUUAUGAAAAAUACAUAAUUUGAUUAUACAAAUAUUUUGAUAUGAAAAUGUGCAGUUAUAUUAGAUGCGUAGUACAAAGGAUAUGAAACAUUACAAAAUUUAUAAGGAGUAUUGUUUCGUAUCGCUACAGUUUGUAGGAUUGAUAAUAAAAAUAUAGAUGACCGUAGCAGUAAAGAGUGUACGAAUUUAAUUAAGAACAAUAUUAUCUGUCACGCUAGAAGUAUAACAGUUUGUAGAUUAGGGAAAUUUCAAAGUUAAAAUAAGGAACGAUGAAAACGACUGCAUUAUUAUUUGAAAUAUUCUCUACAUUUUAAUACGCGUAAUAUAUUCUUCUACAGCAAAUAACCUUCCUGUGAAUCAGUGUAUAAUUAUUUACUUAUGUAAAGAAUUACGCAAAUCGAUUCAGAUUAUUGAGGUUCUACUGUAUUAUUAAUGAUGUGUUACGACUAUAUUUAUUAUAUUUCUCAAGAAAAUUGAUUAAUUAUCAGAUCUUAAUAUCUCUAUUAUGCUUUUAUUUAUGGUUUUAAACAUACCUUUUAAUUAUAAAUUACAAGACUACGAGUGCUAAGUGUAUUCGCUGAAAGCAUCAUCUUAUAUGAUUUUCAGAAAUUAUUGUCUUCGAUUUCCUUAAUUAUAUUCUUAUGUUUCAUUUUUCUGAAAUAUAUCUUAUAACGUGUAUUAUGAUUUAUAAAAU